AUGCAUUUACAUAGCAAAUUCGGAGUAGUUUCAUGGUGGACCAAGGUUUUGUAAUUCAUCCCCUUAAAGCUUGGUCAAAGUCCUUAUGCAUUCAUAUGCUCAGUCUUAAAUACUCUUCCCAAUUAUAACUAACCACCAAAGUACAUUUGAAAGUUCUAGGAAGUUCGAAGAAUUGAAAAGUAGGAGUACUUUCAAGUGCGAUAAGACUCCACUUGCUUAUGGAUUCUUAUUUCCUCUCUCACACCACAAUGUAAGACAGACAUAUUACAUAUAGCCCAAGAGAAACUGCACCCACCUCGAUCAGAACUAGUUGAGCCAUGGCCACCUCCACAGCCUAUCUAUCAGACCUCCCUGCAGUCCCUGAAUGGCUAAACAAAGGCGACAACGCAUGGCAGAUGACAGCAUCGACUCUUGUUUCUCUCCAGAGCAUGCCAGGCCUUGUCAUCCUCUAUGCAAGCAUGGUGAAGAAAAAAUGGGCAGUGAAUUCAGCCUUCAUGGCUCUCUAUGCCUUUGCAGCCUGCCUUCUUUGUUGGGUCCUUUUAUGCUACCGGAUGGCCUUUGGUGAUCAACUCUUGCCGUUUUGGGGGAAGGGUGCACCGGCUUUGGGUCAGAAGUAUCUUAUUGAACAAGCUAAAAUUCCUGAAAGUAGACAUGAAGUUGAUUCUGGUGAAUUUGAGACGACUGAGCCGUUGUAUCCGAUGGCGACGCUUGUGUAUUUCCAAUUCACCUUUGCUGCUAUAACACUGAUCUUGCUAGCUGGGUCCGUUCUUGGCCGCAUGAAUAUCAAGGCCUGGAUGGCUUUUGUCCCUCUCUGGCUCACAUUUUCUUACACUGUUGGUGCUUUCAGCCUGUGGGGUGGUGGGUUUCUCUAUCACUGGGGUGUCAUCGAUUACUCCGGCGGCUAUGUCAUCCACCUCUCCUCUGGAAUCGCUGGAUUCACCGCUGCAUAUUGGGUCGGACCGAGGCUGAAGAGCGAUAGAGAGAGGUUUCCUCCAAACAAUGUAUUGCUUAUGCUUGCUGGUGCAGGACUUCUGUGGAUGGGAUGGUCAGGUUUCAAUGGAGGAGCCCCAUAUGCAGCAAAUAUUGCUUCCUCUAUAGCAGUUUUAAACACUAAUGUAUCUGCAGCGACUAGCCUUCUGGUAUGGACAACUCUUGAUGUGAUCUUCUUUGGCAAACCAUCGGUGAUCGGAGCCAUUCAGGGCAUGAUGACAGGCCUUGUCUGCAUCACACCAGGAGCAGGGUUGGUGCAACCGUGGGCGGCUAUAGUGAUGGGAACGCUUGGUGGUAGCAUUCCAUGGGUGUCAAUGAUGGUCCUCCACAAGAAGUCCACUCUCCUACAAAAGGUGGAUGACACCCUAGGAGUGUUUCACACACAUGCUGUGGCAGGGCUUAUGGGUAGUCUAGUUACAGGGCUUUUGGCAGAGCCAGAACUCUGUAACCUUGUUCUACCGAAGAGGACAAGAGGUGCAUUUUACGGUGGAAGUGGUUGGAGGCAAUUGAUGAAGCAAGUAGUAGGAGCCUUGUUUAUCAUUGCUUGGAACAUAGUUUCAACCACAAUAAUUCUUCUAGCUAUAAGGCUGUUCAUACCGUUGAGAAUGUCUGAGGAGCAGCUUGCGAUCGGAGACGAUGCUGUUCAUGGAGAGGAAGCUUAUGCUCUUUGGGGUGAUGGAGAGAAGUAUGACCCAACCAGGCAUGAUUGGCAGGCCUCACUCGAUCCAGAGCAAACAGCACCAUCACCCUAUGUAAAUGGUGCAAGAGGCGUAACUAUCAGUUUGUAAAUGAGAUUAUGUAAACAAAAACAGCAAUUGCAUUGUACCAUCGAACGAGACUGUAAAGUAGAAUUUUUGAUAAUCUAUGGGUGAGAUUCAAUGUUGUCUACCAGAAAAA